AGUGUCGGUCGCACCUUGUUCGCGUCAGUUGCCCCGCCAUCACCCACCACCAUCCCCGCUACCUUGCUUCCCUCCCCUCCAUCACCGUCAUCAACUCCGUAUCAUUUGCAUGCUGCUCUCGUUCCCACACAUUUCGAGAGAAAGCGUGUCAAAGGAUUGCGGUCCCUCUUCUGAUGCCCUUCAGCCCCCGAGUUCCUUACACGUACUGAAAGCAAAUAACUAGCUCCACAACUACCCCCCUCCCCCCGAUAACGGCCUAGCUGCGUAUUGACACCAACCAUCUCUACCUCGCAUUUCAUAUUCCGUCGAACCACAGAAUAUGGAUGCCCAAAACUCAAGCGAUGAGCUCUACCCCAUAGCCGUCUUGAUCGAUGAACUAAAGCAUGACGACGUUCUUCUCCGUCUCAAUGCUAUCAAGCGUCUCUCAACCAUCGCGCUUGCACUCGGCGCAGAGAGGACGAGGGAUGAAUUGAUUCCGUUUUUGGACGAAUCGGUGGAGGAUGAGGACGAGGUCCUGACAGCUCUCAGCGAAGAGCUCGGCAACUUCGUGGAAUACGUCGGGGGUCCCGAGUUUGGUCAUGUUCUCCUGUCGCCGCUAGAGAACCUUGCUGCGAUCGAGGAGCCGCUCGUUCGCGAGAAGGCUGUCGAGUCUCUCAACAAGAUUUGCGAAGAUUUGUCCCGCGCCCAAGUCGAAGAGUUCUUCAUUCCCCUCGUAAUCCGUUUGUCCAAGGCCGACUGGUUCACCUCUAAGAUCUCUGCGACCGGACUGUUCACCGCACCUUACCGUAAGGCCUCGCCAGCGCUCCAGGAAGGGUUGCGACAGCAGUUCUCGCAGCUCGUACAUGACGACACCCCGAUGGUGCGCCGACAGGCGGCGACAAACCUGGCCAAAUUCGUGGCUGCCAUGCCCCCGGAGAUCGUUGUUACUGAGAUGAUCCCGUUGUUCCAACACUUAGCACAGGACGACCAGGACAGUGUCAGACUGUUGACGGUGGAGGUUUUGAUUAGCAUCGCAGAGGUUGUCCCCAAGGAUCAACACUCAAGCCAUGUGGUGCUUUUGACGACUUUGAAGAAUCUGUUCGGUGACAAGAGCUGGAGAGUCAGAUACAUGGUUGCGAAUCGGUUCGAGAAGUUGGCAAAAGCAGUCGGCGAUGAAGUAGUCCGACGAGAUCUCGUACCCGCAUUUGUUAAGCUUCUCAAAGAUUCGGAAGCGGAAGUGCGAACAGCUAUUGCCGGUCAAAUUCCCGGGUUUUGCGGACUGCUCGACCGUCAAACUCUCUUGGACGACAUCAUGAGCGCAGUCGAGGACCUUGUGAGCGACAGCUCUCAGCAUGUCAGGGCUGCAUUGGGAACCCAGAUAAGUGGUCUCGCACCUAUCCUUGGAAAGGAAGAGACCAUUGCCCAUCUACUACCAAUGUUCCUCCAGAUGCUCAAGGACGAGUUCCCAGACGUCCGCCUGCACAUCAUCUCGAAAUUGGAGCUCGUGAACGACGUGAUCGGUAUCGAACUCCUGUCCCAAUCUCUCUUGCCUGCGAUUGUCCAGUUGGCGGAAGACAAGCAGUGGCGCGUUCGACUCGCCAUCAUCGAGUACAUCCCCUUGCUCGCAAAACAACUGGGUGUCGAGUUCUUCGACGAGAAGCUCGGAAACCUUUGCAUGAGCUGGCUCGGUGACACCGUCUUCUCGAUCCGUGAGGCGGCGACACAGAACCUCAAGAAGUUGACGGAGGUGUUCGGAGUCGAUUGGGCCAGACAGACCAUCAUCCCCAAGGUCAUGGCGAUGGGUAACCAGACAAACUACCUCUACCGUAUGACGACUUGCACGGCUAUUACUACUCUUGCGCCUGCGGUCAACAUCGAAGUCAUCCAGGAGUUUAUCCUGCCCAUGAUCAACCAGCUGAUCGAUGAUCGGAUCCCCAACAUCCGGUUCAACGUGGCGAAGUCCUUCGGCGUCUUGAUCAGCGUCCUCCGACAGCUACCGGCCGAGGGUACACUGACGAACCUGAAACCCGAAGAGAUUCCUACUGGCCCGAGUCCUGUAGCUCUCGAGUUGAUACAGAAGCAAAUCCUGCCAAAUCUUGAGAAGCUCAGGGCAGAUCAAGAUCGUGAUGUGCGGUUCUAUGCGGAGCAGGCGUUGGUGAAUGCGGGAGAUUUCAUGCAGACAUCCUAAAAGAGCAUCAGACUGGAGAGCGGGGCGGAUUCUUUUGUUUCAUAGAUCGUGAAUAGGCAGAUCGGUCAAUGUCUUGUAUCCUGUGAUGUGCAGAAGAUGAGAUGCCAGUUUUGUCCCUGCAGUGAACGGGUGAGGGAGGAACAGCGCAUACGAUGGGAGACGGAAUGGGAUCGGGCAUACUUGCUUUUUUUGUUUGUACUUCCUAUACGUAAGGUAGAAGCAUCGCCUUAAUUUGUAGUUUCUGUGUUUCGUUCUGAUUUUAAGCACCGACCCACAAAAGGCAGGGC